AUGAAGUUCCUUGCUGUAUUCAUUACUGGGCUCUCGCUCGCUAUCCAAGCCGAAGCUGCAUGCCCCACGGUCGACGAGAUACGUGCCUGGAUCAGAAGCAAGAAUCUUGUUCUCGACAAAACUGUUUUCUACACCAGCCCAUCCAGCACCAACAGAGACGCCAUGAACUAUGCCGGACAGAUCAACGGAAAGUUCUGGGGUAACGUCUACCCGAAUGAUCAAUACUACGACUGGCUCGGCGACUGUGGCCCAGGCCCAGUCCAAAACGAUCUCGCUCCUCGAAUGUCUGAGGCUCUUGCAAGAGAGACCACAGGUUCGGCAUAUGUAUUGUUGAAGAAGGGCACAACCCCAAGGCCCGAAUCAGUUUUCAUGCUAUAUGAAUAUCCAAAUCUCAACGUCAAGGUCUACGCGGUUAAUCCAGAGAACACAGACGAGACGAAAGAGUGGACUCCAGGCACAAACUGGAAGCGAGCGGUUCCGUUUGGCGAUGUGCCGAUGUGA